AUGGGGAAAAAUAUUGUUGGGGAUGCUUCUAAAGAGGCUAAUGUAGUGGACCUCACUGGAAAUGACAAUAUGGACUUAACUGUUUUUGAUAAUGGGGAUAAUAACAAGGAAGAAACUCCAUGUGUUGAAUUUGAAACUGGGGACAUAUUUGAGCACACAAAUGAAGUCGAAUUUGGGGAUGGUAACAAGGAUGGAGAAGAUCCAUGGGCUGAAUUUGAAAAUGGGGACAAAUUUGAGGACAUAAAUGAAGAUGAAUUUAAUUUGGAAGUAGGGGCAAAUUUGGGGAUGAUAGUGGUUGUGAAUCUAGGUGGGUUGGAGGUAAGAAUGGCAAUGUGGUACAAGAAGAGAAUGAAGUUGGGGAUCUUAAUGAAGUACUAA